GCGAGCGUGAUGCUGCAAGGUUUCCACUGGACGUCGUGCGAGGGCGGGCUCGACGGCCGGACGUGGUACGCGGAGCUCCGCGCGUCGAUCCCGGAGCUCGUGAAGACGGGCGUGAACGUCGUGUGGCUCCCGCCGCCGUCGCAGUCCGUCAGCGCGGAGGGGUACCUCCCGCAGUCGCUCUACGAUCUCAACACGCCGUACGGAUCCGAGCGCGAGCUGCGGGAGCUGAUCGCGGCGCUGAACGCCGCGGGGAUCGCGCCGAUGGCUGACGUGGUCAUCAACCACCGGUGCGCGGACACGCAGGACGAGAACGGGAAGUGGCGGAUAUUCUCGAACGCGAACUUCCCGGCGUACACGUGGGGCCCGUGGGCGAUCGUGAAGGACGACCCGUGCUUCGAAGGCGAGGGGAACAUGGACACCGGGGACGUCUUCGACGCCGCGCCGGACUUGGACCACGCGAACGCGCGCGUGCGAGGAGAGCUCACGACGUGGCUGAGAUGGCUCCGCGACGACGUCGGGUUCGCCGCGUGGCGGUUCGACUACGCGCGCGGGUACGCGGCGAAGUACGCCAAGGCGUACGCCGCGGACACGACCAGCCUACGCGCGAUGAACGUCGCGGAGUACUGGCCGGAGGCGACGUGGGAGGAGGAUGGGACGCUCGCGACGUGCCAGAACCCGAUGCGGCAGAGCAUGUGCGAUUGGCUCGACGCCGCGGACGGCGCGUGCGCGGCGUUUGAUUUCGCCACGAAAGCGGUGCUGCAAGAGGCGGUGAGUCGCGGGGAGUACUGGCGGUUACGCGACGCGGACGGGAAACCCCCGGGGUUGAUGGGAUGGUGGCCGCAGCGCGCGGUGACGUUCAUCGAUAACCACGACACGGGCGGGAACGGCGGCGGCGGACACUGGCGGUUCCCUCCCGAGCACCGCGUGCUGGGGUACGCGUACAUCCUGUCCCACCCCGGGAUGCCGUGCCUCUUUUGGCCGCACGCCGUGCGCAUGCCGGACGACAGCGGCGGGGACAUGGCCGCGGACAUCGCGAGGCUGUGCGCGAUCCGCCGCGAGGUCGGGAUCCAAGCGGACAGCGCGAUAACGAUCGUGCUCGCGGAGGCGGACAUGUACGUCGCGAGGAUAGAGGGCGCGCACGCGGAGCUGGCGGUGAAGUUGGGGCCGAGGUACGACUUGCCCGAGGAGAUCUUACCCGCGACGGACGUGUGGACGCUGCUGACGAGCGGCGAGGGGUACGCGCUGUGGAGUCGUCCGAAGCGGAGUAGUAAGCCUCGAAACUUAGAGGAGGAGCUCUCGCGGUGAGCGCGCGGAGCGUCGCAGUAAGAUUAGUAGUAUCGACGCCGGUGUAACACGACACCGAAACGAC